GGGAUAUUUUGAAAACAUUCGCAAAUUCACCAUAAAUGAAGAGCAGCAACAAAAGAAAGGGACCGGUUCAGAUACUUACAUCGAGGAGAUCAUUGGCACGAGCAUGCAUGUUGCAACUUUAGCUUCCAUUGCUCUAGAAGAGGUCGACAAUUGGCUAGUAGAUCACAUGAGUGAGUGUCUUGUGGGUACACAACGUGUCAUUAGUCCGUGGGUUCAGGUUGCUGCAUUGGAUUCUGCUGUACUACUUGCUUUAAAUUUUCCUCAUUUGGUCCACACAAUGACAAAUAUGAUGUGCCAAUUUCUAGCUAAUGCAGCCUUUGCAGAAGAAUCUGCUGAGGUACAACAACAUGCCAUUGUCAGAUUAGCGCGCAUUGUGAAGGUUACGUCGUUUAAUCAUUUAUCACAAACCGCGUUAUCAGUGGUCCAUACUUUGAUGAAUCAAAUUACUCAUCAAAGUACACAAGGGAAGUUUAGCAAAAUGAAGAUGGCGCUAGAGGGAAAACAACAUUCAGAUCAAAUUGCUGAAAAUGUUUUUUCUUCGAUUUUUGGUUUGGCUGUAUGCUUGAGGGAUGAACAUGUUAUCUCGCAAACAUUUUCCAUGUUUACUGUUCGACGCAAAUCAUUAUCAUGGACAGUUGUUGGCCAUUUAUUGAAACCAAUGGUUAAUCUCGCUCUCGUGAGUAACAUUGAUACAUUCCUUGAAAUUAUUCAUUUGAUGGCAACUAUGAGUAAAGAAACGAUCUUUAAUGAAAAUAAUGCAUUUACCACUGCUAUACUGGAAGCUCAAAGAAGUCUUGCCAAGCAACUUUGCAAACGUCCUGAAGAAUGCUCUUUUUAUCUCAGCAAUCUUCUAACAUUGUUCAAUGAUACUGCCAAUGCAAUUCAGCGUAUCAUCUUGAAAAACAAAAAGAAAAACGGUAGCACUCUCAUUCGAAGGUUAGGACAGCUAUUCCCUGUGAUGGAUGCCUUAUUGAGCCAUGAUGACUUCAACCCUCAUCUGGUAGAACAGUCAACAACAAGCAAUGAAGUCGUGCCGCUUUUUAGAAACAUGUGGUUUCAUAGUGUAUUGCUUGGAUUAUUAACAGAACCUAUAUGGAUUCGAGAAUGGCAUAAACAUCUCCUCCAUAUUGCCGAGAAGACACCUAUUCUAAUCAUUGAAAGCACGAGUCACUAUAUCGAAAUAGAGCUUGAGCAUAGCACUGUUAUCCGGGGCCUCUCAACUGUAGCUGAACAGAAAGCUCAAGUACUCCGUCAAAAACUAGAACAGUAUCUCCCUUCACUCAAAUUGAAUACGAAAAACUUUUCUUUUCCUCAGGUUUUAUUCUGUACAAGUGUUUAUCAUUUGGAAAUGCUUCGUAGUCGCUCGGGUAACUGCUCUUCUAUACUAAGCUACUUUACAAUAGAAAAUGGUUACAGUAUGAGUGGCAGCAGUAAUAGUAGCGAUCGAAUUGAUCAUUAUGAUGAUUCUACUACAGUUGCAACUAUCAACAGCAGCAGCAGUAAUAGCAUAAUAACUCACUGCUUGGAAACAAUUGCUGAUCAAGUAGUUAGUAACUUUUUGAGAGAUUUGUCAGUAAAAGCUCUCAACUCCAUCGUAAAGCAACAGGCAUUGCGAACACAAGUUGCAGAAUUAUUGAGAUUAUGCUGUCAUAAGCGGAAGAAAGUGCAUCAAAUGGCUAUAAAGACAUUGGACCGCUUAAUAUCCUGUUGCCCUCAAAUCUUUACUGAUAGCCAAUUACUAACACUUUUACUCGAACUCGUCCAACUUACUUGGGUUGCCUGUGAAACGCAAUACCGCGAUGAAUACAAUCCAGUUUAUCAAUUUACUUCAGCUCGUGUAAAUGUUACCAUUGAGUUAGGUGAUUCUUAUACUUACAGAAAAGAAGUUUGCGCAAAACUUUUUGAAAGCGCUCGUCACUGGCUGCAAAUCGCACUUUCCAGAGCGUCAAUUGAAGUAUCAGGUUUACUUCAAGAUUAUUUGAAAGACAGUGUUCAUUUUUCCAGCAAUGAUUUCAUUGAUGUUGUUCAUAUGGGACGAAACCUAGCGAUCGAAUUCGCCAAAGCAUCACUCAAGAAUGAGUUCUCGAUAGGUAUAAACUCAAUUACCAUAAUUCCCAAUAGCUGUUCAAAAUUCAUUGAAUUUUCAAUUGGUUUAUAUUCAACAGAUUUCAUACCGAAGAUACCCUCUGUUAUACCUAAUCGAACAUCAAACUUUCUGGAUACUUUCAGAUUGAGACAAUUUUACUCAGGUGAAUUGAGCGGUAUGAACAACCUGCUGCAUCUUUGCGAAAGCGAGGAAAAAAAUAUUACUCUACAUGAUCAGCUCUCAUUUGCUUUUGAUACUUUAAAGGAGAUCAAAUCAGAUAUAGAAAAUGAUCAAAUAGUGACAACAGAACGAUUGCAUCGCGUAUUGCAUCGUUCUGCCGCUCUUGUUAUCGCUCUACCAAAAAUUAAUGCUGAUUUAAUACGAUACGUGGUUUACAUCCCGGUCCAAAUUUUUACAGCUGAAUCCAUGAAUGUGGGCAUAAAUAUUUGGAAUUGGAUGCUAGUAGAACGGCCAGAGACAGAAAGCAAGUUGAUGGCCGAAACGUGCAAUAUGUGGACCUGGGCUCAACGACACGAAAAGGGUCUAUUUUCUCCUCUUCUAAAUUUUGGAGAUCCAUUUGCACAAAAAAUCAAUUAUGGGCCAUCCCAUAAGCCCAUGCUUGAUUCAACCUACAAAAUCGCCACACAGCUGUUCACCCCUCAUAGUCAGUGGAUCAAAUUUCUCAGUAGUCGUUUCUAUGCUAUUCGUCAUAAGCACAAAAAUUUGGUGCAUAUGCUGAUUCGUUUACUGCUUGAAACAUUCCAAACUGCUGCCUCAAUGAGCACACAUUCUUUAGCGCGCUAUGGCCGUUUUUCCUUACUUCAGUUAGGCUUUAAAGUCCUACAAUCUACACGACUAGAAGCACUUACAGAAUACAGUUUACGUAUUUCGCUUUAUGAUGCCGCUUUUGAUUGGUUCUCUCAACCUCAUCAGUGGAAUUUUGGAGGCCAUCGUAGUUUAGCUUUAGCAGAGAUAAGAAUAUUAACGGAUGUAUACCAUACUUUACUGAACGAUGCUCCAAACAUGGCUUAUUCAGUUACUUGCACAGUUGUUCCGGUAUCAACCUCAAAUAUUACUGCUGGACAUUAUAUAUUUAUCAAAGACAAGACAAAGGAAGAUGUUUUGAAACAGCACAAAUUGGCACAAAAGCUAUUACUACUUUUGAUCGAAAAUGAAAUUUCAAAGCUCUCUGUUUGGUGUAACCCCUUAAACGCGUACAACUCAGACGUUUUGAGUAGCGUCAAAACCAGUACUGAGAUGUCCAUGACGAGCAAUGUAAGCUGGAAAGAAAUAAUCCAGUUUGCAUGGUCUAUCUCUCCAAAACUAGCGGUUCAUAUGGACUCACGAUUUGCGCUUCCGAAACCUGUCGUGCGGAAAGAACUAAUACAACACAUUGUCAAUAGCCCUCUUGAGGUAGUUGACAUACCUGAAGCAUUAAUGAUUAUUUUGGGAGAUGGAUCAUUGGCACAGCACAACUUGAAGAAUUUUGAUUUGAAGUAUUUGCAAUAUUGGGCUCCAGUGCCACCUAUUACGGCCGCCAACUACUUUUCUUCAGCUUACGGCCAACAUCCUAUUCUUUUACAGUACGCCAUUCGGAGCCUUAACUACUAUCCAGUAGAGACUGUAUUCUUCUACAUUCCACAAAUUGUUCAAGCUUUACGAUUUGAUGAUCCUACCUUGAAAUACGUUGAGAAUUACAUUUUGGAGACGGCUAAAACAUCACAAUUGUUUGCCCAUCAGAUAAUCUGGAAUAUGAAGGCUAAUUUCUUUGUGGAUGCGGAUAAGGAGUGUCAGCAACCUGAUGCAUUGAAGCCUACUUUAGAAAGAAUUAUUGAAACAAUGCUUUCCUAUUUUGCAGGUGAAGAUCGGGAGUUUUAUGAGCGUGAGUUUAAGUUUUUUGGGGAGGUGACAGCUAUUUCUGGCUAUUUGAAAGAAUAUAUCAAGCAUGGACAGACAGAGAAAAAACCACUUCAAAAGAAACGUCUGGAUGAAGAGUUACAGAAGAUCAAGGUAGAUGUGGGUGUGUAUUUACCAAGCAAUCCUGACGGCCGUGUCAUUGAUAUUGAUCGUAAUUCAGGCCGCCCUCUUCAGAGCCAUGCAAAAGCACCUUUCAUGGCUACUUUCUUGACUGAAAGAGAGCUGCAAGAAACCAAUAUGUCAAAUUUUACCGAGGAAGACAACAACAAGAAUAAAUCACUGCAUCGCCAAAGAAGGUUUACAAAGGCUCAAAUAUGGCAAAGUGCCAUCUUCAAAGUGGGUGACGAUUGUCGACAGGAUGUGUUAGCCUUACAGCUCAUAGCUGUUUUUAAAAACAUAUUCAUGAGCGUUGGUCUUGACCUUUACCUUUACCCCUACCGUGUAGUAGCCACCGCUCCUGGUCGUGGCGUUAUCGAUGUGAUACCUAACUCUAUUUCGCGUGAUCAAAUGGGACGAGAGAAAGUCAAUAGUUUAUACGACUAUUUUAUUGCCAAAUACGGUGGAAGUGAAAUGUCUAUUGCCUUCCAACGUGCCCGUACAAAUUUUGUAAAAAGUGUUGCUGCCUAUUCUAUCAUUUCCUACUUACUACAGAUCAAAGAUAGACAUAACGGGAAUAUAAUGGUGGAUGAUGAAGGCCAUAUGAUUCAUAUUGAUUUCGGUUUUAUUUUUGAUAUUGCUCCUGGAGGUAUUACGUUUGAGAAUUCGCCAUUCAAGCUGACGAACGAAAUGAUACAAGUGAUGGGUGGCGGCUCUCAAGAGCAAGCUUUCCGUCAGUUCUCCGAAUUGGUUAUUAAGGCAUAUUUGGCGACACGUCCAUAUGCAGAGCAGAUUAUGCAAUUGGUAACUUUGAUGCUUCGAUCAGGCUUGCCGUGCUUCAGAGGAGAAACAAUCAAACGAAUGCGCUACAGAUUUCAGUUAGAUAAAUCCGAACGGGCAGCAGCAGAAUUUAUGACGAUGAGAAUCAAAGAGUCUUUCGCAAAUCAGAGAACAGUAUUAUAUGAUUAUUUUCAAAAACUAACAAAUGGUAUUCCUUAUUAG